UGGAAAGGAUCAAUCAGGAGAGACCAGACUCCCCUGAACCCAGCUGUGUGUCCAUGAAAAGUGACUGGUCUAUGGAUCAUCCUAUUGAUUUCAAAGAUGGACACCACUCCACUGAACAGAGGAUCCAGCAGGAGAAACCAGACAGCUGUGUGAGAGACCCGUCUAAGAAAGCUGGAAUCAGUUUUAAAGAUGAAAAGAACUCCUCUGACACUGAGAUCAAUCAGGAGAGAUCAGACUCCCCUGAACCCAGCUGUGUGUCCAUGAAGAGUGACUGGUCUAUGAAUCAUCCUAUUCGUUUCAAAGAUGGACACCACUCCACUGACCUGAGAGUCCACCAGCAGAGCUCAGAGCUUCCCAGUGGUCGGCUAGCCUCACAGCAUCAAACAGACCUGGACUCCAUAUUUAAGAUGCUGGAGGAGAACGCUGUUACUUUUGUGAAGAACGAGCUGAAGAGGAUCCAGAUGACUCUGAAUCCAGACUACCCAGAAUGCUUAGGGAGGCAGAGAGAGGAUGAGGGGGUGAUGAACGAUGAGGAGGAAGAGCAGAGGAGCAGCAUCAGAGAGGCUUUUCUGCAGAUCACACUGCACCUCCUGAGGAGAAUGAAGCAGGAGGAGCUGGCUGAGCGUUUGCACAGCAUCUGUCAAUGUAAACUCAAAUCUAAUCUGAAGCAGAAGUUUCAGUGUGUGUUUGAGGGGAUUGCCAAAGCAGGAAACCCAACACUUCUGAAACAGAUCUACACAGAGCUGUACAUCACAGAGGGAGAGAGUCAAAAGGUCAAUGAGGAACAUGAGGUCAGACAGAUUGAAACAGCAUCCAGGAAACCAGCAGGAGCAGAAACACUGAUAAAAUCUGAAGACAUCUUUAAACCUUUACCUGGAAAAGAUAAGCCAAUCAGAACACUGAUGACAAAGGGAGUGGCAGGCAUUGGGAAAACAGUCUUAACACAGAAGUUCACUCUUGACUGGGCUGAAGAUAAAGCCAAUAAGCACAUAGAGUUCACAUUUCCAUUCACUUUCAGAGAGCUGAAUCUGCUGAAAGAGAAAAAGUUCAGUUUUGUGGAACUUCUUCAUUACUUCUUCACUGAGACCAAAGAAGCAGGAAUCAGCAGGUUUGAUCAGUUCCAGGUUGUGUUGAUCUUUGACGGUCUGGAUGAGUGUCGACUUCCUCUGGACUUCAAGAACAACCAGAUCCUGACUGAUGUUACAGAGUCCACCUCAGUGGACGCUCUGCUGACAAACCUCAUCAAGGGGAACCUGCUUCCCUCUGCUCGCCUCUGGAUAACCACACGACCCGCAGCGGCCAAUCAGAUCCCUCCUGAGUGUGUUGACAUGGUGACAGAGGUGAGAGGCUUCACUGACCCACAGAAGGAGGAAUACUUCAGGAAGAGAUUCAGAGAUGAGGAGCAGGCCAGCAGAAUCAUCUCCCACAUCAAGACGUCACGAAGCGUCCACAUCAUGUGCCACAUCCCAGUCUUCUGCUGGAUCACUGCUACAGUUCUGGAGGACAUGUUGAAAACCAGUGAGAGAGGACAGCUGCCCAAGACCCUGACUGAGAUGUACAUCCACUUCCAGCUGGUUCAGUCCAAACAAGGGAACAUCAAGUAUCACGGCAGAGCUGAGACAGAUCCACAUUGGACUCCAGAGACCAGGGAGAUGAUCCUGUCUCUGGGAAAACUGGCUUUUGAGCAGCUGGAGAAAGGCAACCUGAUCUUCUAUGAAGCAGACCUGGCAGAGUGUGGCCUUGAUAUCAGAGCAGCCUCAGUGUACUCAGGAGUGUUCACACAGAUCUUUAAAGAGGAGCGUGGGCUGUACCAGGACAGGGUUUUCUGCUUUGUCCAUCUGAGCCUUCAGGAGUUUCUGGCUGCUCUUUAUGUCUUUCUGACCUUCACCAACACUGAUUUCAAUCUGCUGACAGAGCAACAAUCAACCUCCAGGUGGUUUACAGUAUUCAACAAGAAAUCUAAAUUAAAACUCCUCCUCCAGAGUGCUGUGGACAAGGCCUUACAGAGUCCAAAUGGACACCUGGACUUGUUUCUCCGCUUCCUCCUGGGUCUUUCAAUGGAGACCAACCAGCGUCUCCUACGAGGCCUGCUGACACAGACAGGAAGUAGCUCACAGACCAACCAGGAAACAGUCCAGUACAUCAAGAAGAAGAUCAAAGAGAAUCCCUCUCCAGAGAGAAGCAUCAACCUGUUCCACUGUCUGAAUGAGCUGAAUGACAAUUCUCUAGUGGAGGAGAUCCAACGGCAGAUCCAACUGAGUUCAGGAAGUCUCUCCACAGACAAACUCUCUCCUGCUCAGUGGUCAGCUCUGGUCUUCAUGUUGCUGUCAUCAGAAGAAGAUCUGGAUGUGUUUGACCUGAAGAAGUACUCUGCUUCUGAGGAGGCUUUUAUAAAACUGUUGCCAGUGGUUGAAGUCUCCAAAACAUCUCUGCUGAGUGGCUGUAAUCUGUCAGAGAGAAGCUGUGAGGCUCUGGCCUCAGUUCUCAGCUCCCAGUCCUCCAGUCUGAGAGAGCUGGACCUGAGCAACAACCACCUGCAGGAUUCAGGAGUGAAGCGUCUCUCUGCUGGACUGGAGAGUCCAAACUGUAGACUGAAGGCUCUCAGGCUGAGUGGCUGUAAUCUGUCAGAGAGAAGCUGUGAGGCUCUGGCCUCAGUUCUCAGCUCCCAGUCCUCCAGUCUGAGAGAGCUGGACCUGAGCAACAACCACCUGCAGGAUUCAGGAGUGAAGCGUCUCUCUGCUGGACUGGAGAGUCCAAACUGUAGACUGGAGGCUCUCAGGCUGUCAGGCUGUCUGCUCACACAGGAAGGCUGUGCUGCUCUGGCCUCAGCUCUGAGCUCCAACCCCUCCCAUCUGAGAGAGCUGGACCUGAGCUACAAUCAUCCAGGAGCCUCAGGAGAGAAGCUGCUCUCUGCUGGACUGGAGGAUCCAACCUGGAGCCUGGAGGCUCUCAGGGUGGACCAUGGUGGAGAGAAGAUGUUGAAACCAGGCCUGAGGAAGUAUUCCUGUCAAGUCAAACUGGACCCAAACACAGCAGACAGACAACUCAAACUGUCUGAGGACAACAGGAAGGCGACGCUGGUGGAAGAGGAGCAGCCAUAUCCUGAUCACCCAGAGAGAUUUGACUUCUAUCCACAGGUGAUGUGUGGAACUGGUCUGACUGGGAGGUGUUACUGGGAGGUCGAGUGGAAGGAAUGGGUUACUAUCGGAGUGACUUACAGAGGAAUCAGCAGAAGAGGACACAGUGCUGACUGCAGGCUUGGAGGAAACGACAAAUCCUGGAGUCUAGACUGCUCUGAUGAUGGAUGUUUCACUGCCGAACACAAAAACAGACCAACAGCCGUUCCUGUCCGUCCCUCCUCCUCCUCCUCCUCCUCCUCCUCCUCCUCCUCCUCCUCCUCUAACAGAGUAGCAGUGUAUCUGGACUGGCCUGCUGGCUCUCUGUCCUUCUACAGCGUCUCCUCUGACGCUCUGAUCCACCUCCACACCUUCACCUGCACCUUCACUGAACCUCUGUACCCUGUGAUUGGGUUUGGGCUGAACACUUAUUUCUCGGGUCCUCAGUGUCUCUGUGUCUGAUGGAGUAACGAAACACUCACACUGCUGACAUGAUGUACAGGAUCUCUUCUCACACACACACACACACACACACACA